AUUCAGGGUUUGGGUUAUCAGUGUCACAUGUUUUGAAAUGGAUUUCUAAGAGUUUGGGUGAGUGUAUAUAUACUGUACAGUUUGAGAGGCACACUAGGUAGCCAUUUGAUAAGGCGGAUCAACAAUGGCUCUGUGGGAUAAAAUGGGGCUGCUGGCAACUCUUCUCAUCUUUGGUGUCUCUCUCUCCUUAGCUUCUGCAGAGAGGCCCAUGAGAAGAUCCUUGGUGUUCCCAAUGGAAACUGACAACAGCUACGUGGAGCUGGUCCCUCAGAAGGAUCUUGACAUGGGAGCCUUCACCCUGUGCAUGCGGGUGGCCACAGAAUUGGCAGAGGGCAACCAGAGGCCCAUGAGAAGAUCCUUGGUGUUCCCAAUGGAAACUGACAACAGCUACGUGGAGCUGGUCCCUCAGAAGGAUCUUGACAUGGGAGCCUUCACCCUGUGCAUGCGGGUGGCCACAGAAUUGGCAGAGGGCAACCGUGAGAUCAUCUUGUUCGCCUACCGUACACUGUACCACGACGAGCUCAACGUGUGGAGAGAAGCUGACGGCAGGUACGGUCUGUUUAUGAGUGGGGACGGGGUCCUCUUCCACCUACCUGAGCUCAACACCUUCCAGACCCACCUCUGUCUCACCUGGGACUCGAAGUUAGGUAUGGCUGCGUUCCACGUAGAUGGGAAGAGGAGCAUUAGGAAGGUGUAUAAACCAGGACACAAAGUGCAGAAGGGAGGUAAGGUCAUCCUGGGACAGGAUCCAGACUCUUUCCUGAAGGACUUUCAAAGCAAGCAGAGUUUCAUCGGAGAGAUCACAGACGUCAACAUGUGGGACUACGUGCUCUCCGAUGCCAUGAUAGAGGCUUUGCAUGUUGGGAAACGUAUGCCCAGAGGGAACGUUUUUGACUGGGAAACCAUAGAGCUCAUAGUCAAUGGGAACGUCAAGGUGAUCACUGAAGAGUUGUAAGGUGUCCCCAAGGCACCAACAACAUGCUCUCCAUCCAGGGGUGCUGCACUGCGGCCUGACCCUGUGCUCUCUCAACUGUGUGUCAGUGUGAUGUACAUUAUCUGAGGAAGUUAAGAAAUUACAGAAAAUUCAUAUGGAGAAUAAAGUUGUAUUAGUUUGA